CAGUGCUGCACAGCAGGGGCAGCGCAGAGUCCGAGAUCCCACUGAAGCGCUGAGGCUCAGCAGCACUCCAAAGCCACCAGCCAUGAUUAUUUGGGGUCUCCUUUCCCUCCUCCUCUUCACUGUGGCUCGUGGAACCCCCAUCGGAGACCAGGAUGAAGAUAUCCAAGUGCAGGAGAAUUUUGAGGCUGAGCGGAUGAACGGGAAGUGGUUUGACAUCGCCAUUGGCACGACCUGCAAAUGGAUGAAGAACUACAAGGAGAAGUUCAGUAUGGGCACGCUGCUGCUGGGCCCUGGCCCCAGCACCGACCAGAUCAGCACUACCAGCACCAGGCUGAGGCAAGGUGACUGCACACUAGUCUCAGGGGAGUACCAGAAAACCAGCACCCCUGGAAAAUACACCUACUACAACCCCAGAUGGGAUGUGUCUAUCCAGUCCUAUGUGCUCCGUACCAACUAUGAUGAAUAUGCUGUCAUUCUGAUGAAGAAGAAAAGCAGUUUUGGUCCAAGCACCACCCUGAAGCUGUAUGGGAGGAGUCCAGAGCUACGGGAGGACCUCAUUGAGUCUUUCCAUCAGCUGGCUCUGGAGAUGGGCAUCCCCGAAGACUCCAUCUUCACCCUGGCCAACAGAGGUGAAUGUGUUCCUCAAGAGACUUCAAGAGAAAAUGCUCCCCAGAGGGCACGGAGAGCAGUCCUGCUCCUGGAGGAGGGCUCAGCUGCAGGACCCCUGCCUGCUUACAUUGGCAAUAAGGAAGACUCAUGCCGGCUGAACCGAGAUCCCGGGCCCUGCAGUGGGAUGCUCUCCCGCUUCUUCUACAACUCCUCCUCCAUGGCCUGUGAAACUUUCCACUAUGGAGGCUGUCUGGGCAAUGGCAACAACUUCUACUCAGAAAAGGAGUGCCUGCAGGCAUGCCGGACCGAGGCUGCCUGCAGGCUGCCCAUUGUCCCGGGUCCCUGCCAGGCGCUGAUGACACGCUGGGCCUUCGAUGCAGCCCAGGGCAAGUGCAUCACCUUCAGCUAUGGGGGCUGCAAGGGCAACGGGAACCAGUUCUACUCGGAGAAGGAGUGCAAGGAGUACUGUGGGGCUCCUCAGCUGGCAGAGGAUGAGGAGUUCCUGCAGCUCUCAAACUGAUGCAGGCAGAGGAUGAAGGGCCGGCAUCCAGCACCAGGCUCCUAGAGGACAGUGCUGACAGCUGUGGUGGCCCAGCAGAUUGUAAAUGUCUCUCCAGCAGUAAAUGUCUCUCAU